CUUCUCGUGGGUCCCUCCAGGGCAGGCGGGCGGGUGGGUGUUGCAGCUGAUUUCAUCAACCGUGGGGCUGCGGGCCAGCCGGUGGGUCUGCCUGGGGCAGGGCAGAACAGCCCGGACUUGCUCAGGAGCCCGCACCAGGAUCGCUGCGGCUGGGAAGCAGCAACAUAUAACCCACAUGAUGGCAUUUAAUCUGGCUGACCUGUUUUCCACUGCCCAAUUCUACCAGCUGCCAACUUCAGAUAUGCAAUUCCAAUGAGCCGACCUCAUGAGGCAGACACGACAUUAUUAAUUCCUUUCCUCAUUUGGUGCAUGAGGUUAUGAGAGAAGUGACAUGAAGAGAGGCCCAGUGCUGGUUUUUACCCUAUUUCUUGUCACCGAGGUCCGAGGUGCUGCUCCAAACCCAAUGGAAUGCCAGGAGAGUGAGUAUCUGGAUGAGCACAGGAAGUGUGUUCCUUGCAGAGAGUGUGGCCCUGGAUGGGAGCUUUCCAAGGAGUGUGGCUAUGGUGAAGGAAGGGAUGCACAGUGCACUGCUUGCCCUCCCAGGAGGUUUAAGGACAGCUGGGGGUUCCAUGGUUGCAAACCUUGUCUUUCCUGCCCCCUCAUCAACCGUGUCCAGAAAUCCAACUGCACUGCCACUUCCAAUGCAGCCUGUGGGGAGUGUCUGCCAGGGUUUUACAGUAAAACCCGGAUUGGCGGGCUGCAGGAUCUGGAAUGCAUCCCAUGCACAAAGCAGACGCCUUCCUAUGAGCCUCAGUGCAGCUCCAGGUCUAGCCUGGUGAAGGCAGCAAUUCCCACAGUACCUCCCCAGGACACUGCCCUCCUAGUGCUAACCAGCAGUGCGCUAGUCAUCAUUGCAUUGGUGCUGCUGGCGCUCGCCAUCAUCUGCUGCAAGCGCUUCUGGAAGAGCCAGUGUCAGCGAGUGUUUCUGAGGACCCAGAGUUUCUCGGCCCAGAGGGUGAUGUUCUGGGCCUCAGCCAUGCCAAGCAGGUUUCCCUGUGAGGAACAGACGUCUAGUCCCUGCUGCUUGGGUGUGAAGAACCUGAGCCCAUGCUCCAGGCAAGCAGAAGGUCCAGUUGAACCGGUUCAGUUCAUUUCAGAUGGUGAAGCCAUAGGCCUGCAGAUCCCUGCUCUCCAGCCCAAUUCGGAAGCGAUUGCCAUCAGCCCCAAUCCCACAUCCCAGCUGGCGAGGAGCGUCUUGGAGACCCAACCCCUGAUAAGGAACUCAGGGUCCAGCGACUAUUCUGCAGGGGUCUCGUCAUCCUCAGAUGCCAGGCAGGGCCCAGCUGUGUUCACAGAGGCCCUGACUCCCCUCUCAUCAUGUGCCUCAGAGAUGCAGCCCAGGUGGCCCCAUGCCCCGGUGGAGUGCACGGAGCUAGACCUGCAGAAGUUCUCCACCCAGGCUGAGUUUACGGGUACCAAAAGCCAGGAGGAUGCAGAGAAGCAGGUGGCUCAGAGGGUCCGGAGACAUACAGAUGAACUAACCCUUGAAGUGCCCCUGUUUGGUUCCCCUCUGAUAACACAAAGUGAACUUGUUCUGGACCCUGCCAGGGGGUCAUCCUCAUCCUUCCAAAUUCCCACUGCUGAAAGCAGGGAGCAGCCUGUGAAUGAUGUCCUGAGCCUUGUGAGUGAGAUUAGCAGAGCCACACAAGGUCUCCCCAUAGCACAGCUCCCCCACUCCUUGGUGCUGUCACUUGGCUUCCAGUUGGACCCUUGCUUGUCUGGUCUCAAGAAUUUCAGCCACGUGGGGGUGGAGCUGGGGGUCCCAUCCCAUCUGGUGAGCAGGAUGUCUGGAUUCAAGCAGCUCGUUGCUCACCUCGCCUCCUCAGGAGACACAGUCACUGUUCCCGCCCUGGCCCGGGUCCUACAGCGACUCCAGCGCUUCGACGCCUUGCUCCUACUCUGUGAUCAUUUCAUUAUGAGCCAGGCCCAGGGCUGCCAACACUAGGGGAAACCCACGUUGCUGCCUCCGCACACAGAGGGAGGAGCAACUCCAGGCAUAGUUUUGGCUGGGUGAACCUGGCAGCGAUGGUGCUGCCUGGUUUCCUACCCACUCUUUGUGGGCUGUGUGGAGGUUGCCUUUGAAUCCUUGGGGUAGAAUCACAGUAGAAUGAUGAGUCUGUGAGUGCUCACUCAGCAAACUUCUCUCUCUUGACCACUGCUUGAGACCUACCUUGUGCUGGUGAUAGCUGGCAGAUGCACGUGGUACCUCCAAAUGCCACCUUUCUUAAUACUUGUUCAUACUGAUGCCCAGAAACGUUGUGGCCCUCAUGGUCACCAUGCAUGGUUAUAGGGCCAUUUGCCUCCAUGGGCAGGUGUGGAUUUAUAAUGGGCCCUUCAAGCACACAGUGUUUCCUUGAAUCACAUCUCAGCUGUAAUGAUUGAACUCUUUGAGUGAGGGGCUGGAUGGUGUGUGAAAAUAUCCCCCAACUCUAAGAUGGAGCUCAGAGGGUCUGGACCCUCUGUGUUGGAUUUCUCCCCUGCAGCUGAUUGUAUCUUCCUCUUAGAGACCUGAUAAUCAUUUGUUCUUCCCCCCCACUUUUUAGAUGUGGGCCUUCUCCAUUUGGCAGACAUUGUAUUUUGCUGGCUUUCUGCUCAGCUUUCUGCUGUGGCUGCCUUUUUGUUUACUUCUCCUUUUGUGCACCGACGAGGGGACCUGUUCUUGGAGAAGGGUUGUUUAGCUGCCACUCCUUUCUUUUUUUUUUUCUUUUUUUUGGCCAGGUAGGAGGGACUCAUGCGCUGAAUUUCUGUGUGCCAUACCAAAAUAGCAGUGUGUUUAAUUGUAUUUCCUGGCUGUGGAAUAGUACCGUUUUCGUUAAGCGAUAUUUCUAAUUGUGAGUCAGGAUUUUUUUAAGCAUGGUGGAGUUUGCUCCAGUGCAGAUGGCAGGGUACUUGCUGCAUUCCCCAGUCUUCUGCUAAGCACUUCAACUCCCUUGCCCUAAGGGGCUUGCUAACGGGCUCCUCUGUGAUGAUGUUUGGAGGACAGCACAGCACAGAUUCUACUCUUCUGCACAUCUGAAGUUUUCAGAACACGUGACACAAAUAAAACCCUUGUGGGAAUCUGGAUGUGUAAUCCCAGGGUCAGGGUCUCCCCUCCAUUACCCCUCCUGUGAGCACCACAGGGUCUCAUCUUCUAAACACUAAAUGGAGACCACUUGGCCUGGAUGGCGCCCCUUUGAAGUGCAGAUUGGAAGGAUGGCUUGGCUUUCAGCUCAUCCGGUGCCCAAUUCUCAUGCUGUAGGAUGCAGGCCAUUCCCAUUGGCUUUUGUGGGAGAUGCUCCUAUUCUAUGGUGGGAAAACAGAGCCUGUGGGGUUUAGUAUGUUACGUAGCUACAAGAAAAUAAACGCAGUAUAAUAAUGAAGGGUGUCUCAAUGGCACAACCACUCUAUUCCUUUGCCCUAGUUAAUUAAAAACUAAAAGGAUGGAACCCCUCAAGAACUAACUAUGCCAAGUUCAUAAUGGGAAAUGCUGGAUGAAACACCAUGGAGUAUUCUCAGAAGUAUUUUCUCACUGCUAGUGUAAUGUACUGCCAUGUGCAUAACGCCCCCUACUGGAAUUAAUCAGACCUUUGUGUGGUCAGGUUCUGAUUAUUAGCCUGUGCAGGGAGGCUAAAUACUACUCCCAGGGUCGCCAUUUGCCUGCAAGAGGCUUCUAUUGGAAGAGCAGGAAAGUAUGACUUCUCAUCCCAGUGCCAUGUGUAUUUGAUUUGGCUGAAAGACUCUGGUGUCCAGAGGUUUGUUUCCUGGCCAUGUUAUGCUGCCUGUUAAAGUAAUCAUGCCAUUAGUGGUGAAGCGGCUUUAUUUUAAAAUAAUGUGUUGUUCAGACUAAAGAUGACCUCAUUUUCUGGUUUCUGAGAAUGGCUGUUCCAUAGGGACACACUCUUCUGACUUUAAUUUUCUCUAGGAGGAUUUGUCAGAGCUUGCCAUGGUUUGGCUGUGUUAGACUUCCUGAAGUUCCUGGAACUGGUAUCUGGAGGCAGCUUCCAAGGUUGGUGGCUGCAGGUUCUUGUGCUAUUUUCUCAAAGCUGCCACCAGCUUCUCUUGUUACUGUGCAUUAAGUAGGAGCAGGUUACACUUUGAACUGCUAUCUGACAAAUUGGAUUGGUGGGAGGAAGUUGUAGAAUAUGAAACAAUCCAAGUCUCCUGUAAGGCUGGAGAAAUCGUGCCACAUGACACACCCCACACCUCCCGGAGAGAGGACAGGAAUCCAGCCCUGGUGAUCAGCUGCGAUAGUCUGUUUCGUGGUUGCAGAACACACCCACGGUCCAUUCAUAAGAGGACCCUAGCACUCAGGGCAUGUGACAUACUCUGUUAUAUUGAUGUGUUGUUCAGCCCUGGCACUCAGCUGUGAUGGAUUCCUUUCAUAGUGAGGUCAUUUUCACAGAGCAGCUGCUCCAGAAGGAGAGGCGUUGCUGGGAGCCUGAUUGCAAUCAGCACUUUGCCAUGAAUUCAGAUAGAUGGGGGCUUUCAUUCGGAUUCCAUAAAACACACUGUUUCACUAUGUCACUCUAGGUGGGAUUCAGUGUGGUUCUGUCAAGUGACAGAUGACAUAGGCUCCCUAGAACACCAUCUUCAGGUGGAUCUUUACUUCAUUGGUGACACAACCUUGACACCUAGUGGAUGGGGAAGGAGGUGCCUUUCUAAUAAUCUCUCCUGGGUUCUUGCCCAGUCUGUGGAGCUGGCUGUUUCAAACAAGAAUGGAGAAGAAUGUGGCUAGCUCCACAUUGCACAGGGUGAUGGUGUUGGGCUGCAUGACAUUUCCCAUGUGUGCUGUAUUUUGCUGCACCUCAACACGUGGGGAUUGCUUUUUUUAGUGAAGGCUUGAGACCGAUAUCUGGGGCUGGCGUUGGAGUUGCCCCAUUUAGUCUGUUUCAUCCUGCUACGCCCUUGAGGGUUCAAGUCCAAUGUAGAGUUAACCUCAUGAGCUCUGGGAUAUACUUGCAGAGUUUCACUGAUGCUAGGGUCCCUAGAACAAUACUGGGUGGUGCGGAGGGAGUUUUGCUGAGCAUACAUAGCGCUGCCAAAGUGCAUAGGCAUAGGGUGCAAAAUAUCAGACCAUCUGCACCCAGUUAGCAUUGUGGGCACUGUUCAUCUUCCCAAGAGCUUUGGGAAAAAUGAGCUGGAAUGUCCCUGAUUAAACCCUUCACCUUAUCCCAGCUAAGAACCAUAAGCUGUUGACAGUGCUGUGCUGUCUUAAUUUCAUUCACAUUGCCUGAGCAUCAGUGGAGUGCCAGGGACCACACUGGUACAUUUGAGAACACCGUGUCCCUGCUGCUGAGUAUUCCGGGUAUGUUUUGCAGUAGUUGAGGGGCUAGAGAGCAGAAAGGGUGGUGGUUUUCCCUGUGUUUAGUAAACAACUCUCCAGAGCGAAAAACAUAUUGCUUAUGCCAGUUACCAACGUUGCUUGGGAGCCAUCAAGCUAUAAAGGGACAAAGCAGAAGGAUGGUCUUGUGGAUAAAGCAUAACACGAAGUCAGGAGCUCUGCACAUAGCUAUGCCACACAUGUUGAAUGCGUCUGGGAGGUCACUUCACCCCUCCAUUCCCGUUUCCCCACUUCUCAUGUAGGGACAAUAAUACUCUCCUACCUCGCAGAUCUGUUGUGAGGACUACUCCAUUAAUGUUUACAGCCUCCUUUGAAACCCUCAGACGGGAGGCAAAUGAGAAUGACAGAGCUGUUCUGGUAGCAUAAAGCCUGGUCCCAUUAAAGUCAGAGGCAAAACAAUCGUUAACUGCAAUGGGAUCAGGAUUUGGCCUGUGGUACAUGGUUCCUCCCUUUCCUAUCCUGUGUCUCAGGCUCCCCUCUUCUCCCUUUAUUUCUGUGCAUUUUCCUGCCCUCUUUCCAAGUUAAAUUUUCAGACUAUUUACAGUCCAAGAAGUGUGCACUGUUCUGCACUUUUCUGAUAUCAGCUGUGUAUCCCAGCCUCGGACAGAAACGUCAGCUCUCUUUUAAGCCCAGGAUAGGCUGCCAUCUACUAUACCCUUUGUGCACUCAGUAACGCCCCUGAUCUGUUGUUCUGAGUAAUGUCUGAAUAUUUUUAAGACCAGGGUUCUGAUUAGAGAGCCCCUGGUAUUGACAGUUCCAAUGCUGGGCUAGCUAAACCAUUUCAUUACUAAUUAACUGGCAUGUAAAGGCUGUCUUAACAGACUGACAUGUAUUGUGAUUUCAUUAUUAAAUGUUACAGUUGAAAGUUUGACAAUAGGAAAUGCAUAUAUCAGAACCCCAUUGGGUUCAUCUGAUCAUAGCAAUCCCUUGGCUGUUAUCAUAGCUCUGGGUGCCUGAAAUUGGCUGAGAACACAGACCACAUGGGAAUGUGUAAUUAGAUUAUAAUUAAUUGGUGUUUGCCUUUUAUGGAGGAAUUAAAGGCAUGGUGUCUCCCGGCAGCCAGCAGGGGGCAGUAUUGCCUUGUUUAAACUCAAGUGCGCAUUUUGCCUGGAUGGUUUGUUACUAAUUGACAUUGGUAUCUGUUGAACAUCUUUAAGACCUGAAUCUGUUGAGGACAAGUCAACUCAGGCGGGGCAUGGCCACCUAAAGCUGGACAUGAUGCUUUCCCUGUCUGCUAUUCACCUCUGGCAAAGUCAAGGUCAACUCGUUGCAGUUUUUGAGAUUGCCUUGCAGUAAACAGAGGUAUUGAACGUUUUAUCCCUUCUAAGUUAAAAUGUCAAUAAAUUAUCCCUCAUUACUUGGUUACUUAACUAUGCAGCACUAAUUAAAAAGGUGCCUGAAAUGUAGAACAUCUCAGGGCAAAUGCAGAUCUGGGGCCAACAUCCUGAUCUCUGUUAUACCGACAUAAAUUUGUAGUAACGUCAUUGACUUAAGUGGCUACUCUGGAUUUACUCCUAUACCAGUGAAAUCAAGAUCUGGUCACUAGUGUGAUGGAUUUUCACCUGCCCUUCAUGUCAUCAACUAUGGGUUAUUGGAAUCAGUGGUAGUUCUGCCCCAUGAGUUAGUUUUGCAAGCUGAGUACAUCAGCUCCCGUUGACUUCAGGGGGAGCACUGAGAGUGCUCAGCAGUGCCCCCAUGCAGGAUCCGGCCCAGUUUGAAUGUAAGGCUUUCCCUUGUCCUUCAUUUGUUUCAGGGGCUGCUGUGUCUAUUAGUGCCCAGCAGCAUAAUCAUGUAAUUAAGAAUGAAUGAUCCUCUGGAGUUACACUCUGGGAGAAAAAGCUAAACUUGGGUAAAUGCUGCUGAUCCUUUUGUAAGUGUUAACAAUCAGUGAUUUCUGUACGUGAGUAUUAUAAUGUGUGUUGCAAAUUCUUGCCACUUGCUGAUGUGGUGUUUGUCCUUGCUGAUCUCACCUGGUAGCCUUGCUGGUGAAUGGGGAAAGCACAAUGUAAAGGAGUUUUUCCUUUUGAAGAAUUUGGUCUAAGCGAACAUGUCCUUUCCCUAGUUCAAGGUUUUUAUGUAUAUAUUUUAAGGUGCCCUAUCAUUUUUAAGCUGCAUACCGUGUUGUUCAGAGGCUGAUCAAUAUUAUUCAUUGACAAACCUUAUUAACUUCUGCCUUAGGAAUGAAGCGGUUGCGAUGUAAGGUUCUUUGUUCAAGUAUAGCAUGCAAAUAAGCUACUGUGACUCACACUCUGGCUAUAUUCUCUAGACCAAUCACAGUGUAGCUGUUCAAUUAUGGUGUAUUUAAUGAAAGAGUGUUCAUUAAAUACAGGAUGGGACUGUUUUUGUGUAGUUUAACUGGAUUCUAGUUACUCUUCAGCAUGUAGCAAAUUAGGAGCCCAAGCAACCCCUUAUGCAAGUAGUUCUUGUGUGAGUCAUCCCAUUGGCUUCAAUGAAAUUCUUUGAAGAGGAUUGAUUGUCUGAGUAAGGGGUUGCAGGACUGGGCCUUUAAUGGUUAGGAAAAACGUAACAGGAGUUCAAGGUCCGGUUCCUGCUUCCAGGUAAGUCGAUGGCAAAACUCCCUUGACUUCAGUGGGAGCAGGACUGGGCCCAAAGUUAUUUACUAAUGCCAGAAUUUUAAAGAGUGGCCCACUGCUUUUGGGUGCCCAGCUUGAGAUGCCUUGGAUUUGAUUUUCACAACUCCUGCAGAAGUCUAUGGAAGCUGUGGGUAUUUAGCACCUCUGAAAACAAGGCUCUGGUCAUCUCAGUUUGGCCCCCAAAAUUGUGGCAUCCACAGUCAAUGGCCAUUUUGAAGGUUUGGCUGUAAACCAGUGAGAUCUGUUCUUGACUCUUUUUUUUUUUUUUUUUUUUUUUAAGAAAAAGUUCAGCACAAUGCAUGAGAUAUGAAAUUUCCAGAAAUCUGUGACUUAGUUUCUAUUUUAAUGUUGAACAAACUCGGAUGUGGGGAAUCUCCAGAGAGUGUGAAUCUUGCAUUUCGGUGUAGAAAGUAAUGCUGAGCAGAGAUGGCUUAUAAAGAGCUAAAGGAAAUAAAAUUAUUCAGCCUCUGUAAGAGUUCAGUUGGGAAUAACUGAUUUCGAAACAUGGAAAUAUUUCCUGGCUCGACUUCCUUUUUCCCAGUCAUGUCUCAGGCCCUAAUUCAGGAAAGAAUGUAGUAAAAUCCUUAAGUCCAUCCCUGUUUAGGGCAGCAAUUAAGCACAUUUUUACCUUUUAAGUGUGUGCUUAAGUCCAGUUGACUUUAAUGGCAUUUAAGCAUGUAUUUCAAAUGCUGUCUUGAACAGGGAUACUGAAUUGAAUUAGCCUGAAUAUGCUGUUAUGUGAGCAGGUAGCUGCUGCAAAAGCUGUUUUAGUGCUCCAGGCACUCUUAAUUCUCGUGUGUUCAGAAAGCUCUAAUUAAAGUGCUAGGACGACAUCCUCAUGGUACUCAUCCUGGUGCAUCUCAUGAGGUUUUUGUUGUUGUUUUCAAUUGCUGUAGUCAGGGAUUGCCCAUGGAAAUACAUAGGGUUUGUAUUUUUUAUGGUGAAUGUUAUUUUUGUAAAGGUUGUGAACAGGUAAUUUAUAUUUUUGUAAAUUCACUGGCAUUGUAAAUCAGUGCUGUAGCUCUUUCCUUUCCCCCCGUCAUCUGUUUAAAAAAAAAAAAAAUCCUGUGUUUUAAUGUACUAGGGAAUGUUUUGGGGCUUCCCACAUUCCAUCUUGGACUCAAUGCUCUUGAAUGUUUUUUGUAUUUGUAGUUAAAUAAAUUUUUAAGAAGGAAA